AUGUGCAAAUACCUAUUUGGUGGAGGUGGUACUAUUAGGGACCUGGGGUUCUCUAGUGGCUUGGAUAUUGUAUGGAUUACUGCAAUGGCGGAUGAUUUAGCAAGAUCUAUGAGUAGUCGGCGAUUGGGAAGCAGAAGGAGUUGGAUUUAUGAAAGUUUCAGGGAGGUAUGGGAGACGCCGGAGGAUAUGGUCAGUAAACAGAACGUGGAGGAAGAAGAACUGGAAUGGGCGGCGAUCGAGAGAUUACCGACUUACGAUCGUCUACGGAAGGGGAUGAUGAAAAAAAUGCUUGACGAUGGAAAGAUCGUUCAUGAAGAGAUUGAUGUUACAAAUCUUGGGAUUCAGGAAAGGAAACAGUUGAUGGAGAGUAUAUUCAGGAUUAUUGAGAUCGAUAACGAGAAAUUUCUUCAUAAUUUCCGGCAGAGAAUUGAUCGAGUGGGAAUUGAGAUUCCAGUAACUGAAGUUCGUUAUGAGAACCUAUCAAUUGAAGGAGAUGUUUAUGUUGGAAGCAGGGCACUUCCUACACUGUUCAAUGCAACCUUGAACGUUAUUGAGAGCAUUCUUGAGUUGGUAAGACUUUCCCCUAUGAAGAAAAGAAAAAUCCAGAUUCUUAAAAAUGUUAGUGGCAUUUUGAAGCCAUCAAGGAUGACAUUGCUCCUCGGCCCUCCUGGUGCAGGGAAGACAACAUUGUUACUAGCUCUUGCUGGAAAGCUAGAUAAGGAUUUAAGGGUUUCUGGGAAUAUUACUUACUGUGGACAAAAACUAGAUGAAUUUAUUCCUCAGAGAACAUGUGCUUAUAUUAGUCAACAUGAUCUUCAUCAAGGAGAAAUGACGGUUAGAGAGACUAUGGAUUUCUCGGGACGUUGUUUGGGAGUUGGCCCAAGAUAUGACCUAUUGGCUGAACUUUCAAGACGAGAGAAAGAAUUAGGAAUUAAACCUGAUCCUGAUAUUGAUGCAUUCAUGAAAGCCACAGUAAUGUCAGGACAAGAAACUAGUUUAGUCACAGAUUAUGUUCUCAAGAUACUUGGAUUGGAAAUUUGUGCGAAUAUUAUGGUUGGUGAUCAAAUGAGAAGAGGCAUAUCAGGAGGACAAAAGAAGAGAGUCACCACUGGAGAGAUGUUGGUUGGACCAGCAAAAGUUAUUCUAAUGGAUGAGAUAUCAAAUGGAUUGGAUAGCUCCACAACUUUUCAAAUUAUCAAACUCAUGAAGCAAAUGGUACAUAUCAUGGAUGUAACUAUGGCUAUCUCCCUUCUGCAGCCUGCACCCGAGACAUACGAACUCUUUGAUGACAUUAUUUUAAUCUCCGAAGGUGAAAUUAUCUAUCAAGGACCACGAGAAAAUGUUCUCGAGUUCUUUGAGUACAUGGGUUUUAAAUGUCCUCAAAGGAAAGGAGUGGCAGACUUUCUCCAAGAGGUCACAUCCAAGAAAGAUCAAGAACAAUACUGGUUCAAUCGGGAAAGUCAAUCUUAUAGAUAUAUCUCUGAUUCAGAAUUCGUAGCUGGUUUCCAUGCAUUCCGCCUUGGCCAACAGUUAGCAGAUGAAAUUAGCGUUCCUUAUGAUAAAUCUAGAGCUCACCCAGCAGCAUUAGUCAAACAACAGUAUGGUAUAUCUAAGAAGGAGCUUUUUAAGGCUUGUUUUGAUAGGGAACUGCUAUUGAUAAAGAGGAAUAGUUUUAUCUAUGUAUUCAAGAUUGUUCAGAUAACAAUUAUGUCAUUACUAACCAUGACGGUUUUCUGGAGGUCUACCAUGCAUUAUGGGAAAUUGGAGAAUGGAGGAAAAUAUUUUGGAGCUCUCUUUUUCAGUCUUAUCAAUAUAAUGUUUAAUGGGACGGCAGAACUGAUGCUGACUGUUUUGAGGCUACCCGUGUUUUAUAAACAAAGAGAUCACUUGUUUUUUCCACCAUGGGCUUUUGCCUUGCCAAUUUGGAUCUUUAGGAUUCCUUUGUCAAUCAUGGAAUCACUAAUAUGGAUUGUUUUAACCUAUUACACAAUUGGGUUUGCUCCAUCUCCAAGCAGAUUCUUUAAGCAAUUCUUGGCAUUCUUUGGCGUACACCAAAUGGCACUGUCCCUUUACCGUUUUAUUGGUGCAGUGGGAAGAACACAAGUCAUCUCAAAUACACUCGGGACAUUUGCCUUGUUAUUGGUAUUUCUUCUUGGAGGUUUUAUAGUUUCAAAGAAUGACAUUAAACCUUUUAUGAUAUGGGGGUACUAUAUUUCUCCUAUGAUGUAUGGUCAAAAUGCUAUUGUCCUGAAUGAAUUUCUAGACAAGAGAUGGGAUGUUCCAAACACUGAUCCCAGAAUUGAUGCACCUACGGUAGGAAAAGCGUUACUCAAGUCAAGAGGCUUCUACACGCAGGAAUACAUGUAUUGGGUUUGUGUUGCUGCACUCUUUGGAUUUUCUGUCUUCUUCAACAUUCUCUUCAUUGUAGCCUUGACAUAUUUAAACCCAAUUGGGGAUUCUAAAGCUGUUAUCUCAGACGAAGAUAAUGAUGAGAAAAAGAAUUCUUCAUCUGAAGUUUCUGGAGCUGUAGAUCAUGCAAGAAGAAAAGGAAUGAUCUUGCCAUUUCAACCACUGUCCCUUGUUUUCGAUCACAUCAACUACUAUGUAGACAUGCCCGCGGAAAUGAAAAGUCAAGGGGCUCAAGAAGAUCGUCUCCAACUACUAAGAGAUGUUAGUGGCAUUUUCCGCCCUGGGAUGUUGACAGCUCUUGUUGGUGUUAGUGGUGCUGGAAAAACCACUCUAAUGGAUGUUCUAGCUGGACGAAAGACAGGUGGAUACAUAGAAGGAAGUAUCAACGUUUCUGGUUAUCCAAAAAACCAAGAAACAUUUGCUCGAAUCAGUGGGUACUGUGAGCAGAAUGACAUUCAUUCACCAUAUGUUACAGUUUAUGAAUCUCUUUUAUUCUCGGCUUGGCUACGCCUCUCCAAUGAUGUGAAUGAUAAAACGCGAAAGAUGUUUGUGGAAGAAGUGAUGGAGUUGGUUGAGCUUAAUACGAUAAGGAACUCUCUCGUAGGCCUCCCAGGGGUGGAUGGUCUUUCAACCGAACAAAGGAAGAGAUUGACAAUAGCUGUUGAAUUGGUCGCUAAUCCAUCCAUCAUAUUCAUGGAUGAACCAACAUCUGGACUUGAUGCAAGAGCUGCAGCCAUUGUCAUGAGAACUGUAAGAAAUACAGUCGACACAGGAAGAACCGUUGUCUGCACAAUUCACCAACCAAGCAUAGACAUUUUCGAGGCUUUUGAUGAGUUACUUUUGAUGAAGAGAGGAGGACAAGUCAUUUAUGCAGGACCUCUAGGCAACCAAUCUCACAAGCUAAUAGAGUAUUUUGAAUCUGUCGAAAGGGUUCCCAAGAUUAUGGAAGGUUACAAUCCUGCUACAUGGAUGUUGGAAGUUACUUCUCCUUCUAUGGAGACUCAACUCAAUAAGGAUUUUGCAGAGGUUUACGCGAACUCCUCCCUUUAUAAGAGAAAUCAAGACUUCGUUAAUGAACUAAAUAUCCCAACACCUGGUUCCCAAGAUCUUCAUUUUCCAACCAAGUAUUCACAAUCAUUCACUUCUCAGUGUCAUGCUUGUUUAUGGAAACAAUACUUAUCUUACUGGAGGAAUCCACAGUAUAACGCCAUUCGAUUUUUCUUGACAAUAAUUAUUGGUAUUUUGUUUGGCUUAGUUUUCUGGAACAAAGGGUCAAAAAUGUCCAAGCAACAAGAUUUGUUGAAUCUUCUGGGAGCGAUGUACUCUGCUAUUCUUUUCUUGGGUACGACCAAUGCUAUAACAGUUAUACCGAUUGUAAAUACUGAGAGGACAGUUUUUUAUCGUGAAAGAGCAUCUGCCAUGUACUCCCCUUUUCCAUAUGCAUUUUCUCAGGUGAUUAUAGAAAUCAUAUAUGUGAUCAUACAAUCAGCCAUAUAUGUUGUCAUUAUAUAUUCCAUGAUUGGCUUUGAAUGGACAAUUACCAAAUUCUUAUGGUUCUACUUCCUUACCGUUAUGUGUUACACCUACUUCACCCUGUACGGAAUGAUGCUUGCGGCCCUGACCCCUAGCCAAGCAAUUGCUUCCAUUGUAUCUUCAUUCUUUCUCGCCUUAUGGAACUUAUUUUCAGGAUUCCUUAUACCCAAAACGCAAAUACCUAUUUGGUGGAGAUGGUACUACUGGAGCAGUCCAGUGGGUUGGACUCUGUAUGGGCUAGUGACAUCGCAGGUUGGCGAUCUAGAUUCGUCACUAGAGGUGCCCGGUGAAGGAAAUAUUCCAAUAAAGGUGUUCCUAAAAUCUACGUUCGGCUAUGAUUAUAACUUCUUACCAAUAGUUGCGGUUGUUCAUGUUGGUUGGGUUGUGUUAUUUUCCUUAGUAUUUGCCUAUGGAAUCAAAUAUCUCAACUUCCAAAGGAGAUAG